UGGGCUCUCAGCUGAAGUCAGUCCGCGCGGCGCUCGGCAGAAGCUCGCGCUGAUUGUUGACUGCUCACUCUCCGCCGCUGUCCUCGCGCUCCGCUCCGGUACCGGCAGACGCUGCUCCCCGCUCCUCUCCGCUCCCGAUGCUCAGCCUCCCGGCGGAGCGCGGCCGUCAGGUUGACCAUAUGGACGGCCGGACGGUGUCCACCAUGGAGCUGAAGCCGUGCAUCGAGUACCACGACCUUGAGGCCGCCGAGGCGCUCGUCAGCAUGAGCUUCUGGGGUCAAAGGUCGCACAAGCCCCGCCCGCUCACUCCCACCUCCGACUCCUGUGACUCCAUCCACCUGCAUCCUGAGGGGGGCGACGCCCCCAAAGACCUGAUCGCCCUGUCCUCGCUGUGCAUGACUCCUCCUCACAGUCCGAGCUUCGCCGAGGCCUCCACCACCACGGUCCUCACCACCUCCUGCUCCGCCCUCAGCUCCUCCGGGCCAGUGUUACCCCGCCCCUUGUUCGGCCCUGGCCCCGCCCUCCUCCUCGGCGAGUCCUACCCCUGCCCCCCUCCCUGCUGCUCCUCCUCAGAGACCUCAGCUCCUCCUCAGACAGAGUCGUCCUGCGUGGCUCCGCCCAGCAGAGCCAUGGCCACCAGUGUCAUCCGCCACACCGCCGACAGCCUCGGCAUCCCUCCGCCUCCACCCCCCGCCUCCCAGCCGACAGAAACCUCCACGCCACCGCCGCCAGGACCUCCACAGACUCUUCCAGAGGAGAAGGACGGAGCUCCUCCGUCUCCCGACAGCCCGUCCUCUCCUCCCUCCUCUGCGUCUCCUCCUCACUCCUCCCCGCUGUCUUCCCCCUCCUCCUCCUCCUCCCCGCUCCUCUGCCAGGUGUUCCCGGUGAGCGGCCGGACGGGGAUGAUCUCCGCCUUCGUUCAGGCGCCGGUUCAGGUGCAAACUCAGGGGGGGCCGAAGCCAAUCCUGCCCCAGACCCCCUCCAGUUUUGCCCCACCCCUGCUGGUGGGCUCCACCGUGCCGCAGGGGACCGUCAUGUUCGUCGUCCCUCAGGCGUCCGUGUCGCAGGCGCCACAGGGCACGCAGACUGUCAUGACCCUGGGCAACACCAAGCUCCUCCCCCUGGCCCCCGCCCCCGUUUACAUGCCGACGGGAGCGAGCGGCGGUGCCGCCUCGCAGGCAGACUUCUCCCGCAGACGGAACUACGUCUGCAACUUCCCCGGCUGCAAGAAGACGUACUUCAAGAGCUCGCACCUGAAGGCUCACCUGCGCACGCACACAGGUGAGAAGCCGUUCAGCUGUCACUGGGAGGGCUGCGACAAAAAGUUCGCCCGCUCCGACGAGCUCUCCCGCCAUCGCCGGACACACACCGGUGAGAAGAAGUUCGUCUGCAACGUGUGCGACCGGCGCUUCAUGCGCAGCGACCACUUGACCAAACACGCCCGGCGGCACAUGACCACCAAGAGGGCGUCAUCGUGGCCCGCCGAAACCCGAGACCUCAACAAAGUGGCCCUGCCCAAGGGCCAAAGCAGGGGCCCCGCACUUCCUGUCAGCAUGCUGGUCUCUACUGCCAACUAAGACCCUGUUUGUUCUCGGCUUUAAGACACGUCCGGGCGGUCAGAGAGGACGGCCGAGACGCCGUGCACGCCUGUGACGACCGUGUGUGUGUGUGUGUGUGUGUGUGUGUGAGCGGGCCGCUCCACCUGCUGACAUCAGCAGCACAGUCACCUGCGACUCGACAAAGAGCGUUGGACGAGACGCCCAAACAAUCGCCACGUCCUGCGCCGAUGACGCAUCAGGACACAUUCACACGACAGACACGCGGUCGAACGGCACGUCAGCAGCUGCUCUGAGCGACCAGGUCACGAUGCGUCUCGGCGGUCGUUUACACUCGUAUUUAACGCCGCCCGUGUGUGAUCGGACAGGCCAGGACGCGUUUUAAAACCGGUGUGAACAGGGUGCACCAGACUCAGUCAGGGGGCCCCACAGGGCCAACUCAGGACCCCGGGGCGGGGGGGGGGGGGACACCUGCAGAUCACUCUGGUCGAUUCAAUCAGCUCCACAUCAGGAGGAUCUUUUUUACCAAUCAGCUGCUGCUGGAGGCGCCGCUAUGCUCCGGUGGCGUUUACACCAACAACGACAAACUCUGAUCAUCAACUCCUUUAAACUCCAAAUCUGCUUUUAUUUUGGCGGGGCACAAGUGAAGGAGGGCGUCGCUCUUCGUCGAGUGUGUUCACAUCGUCUGCAGACACAGCAGCGACCCCAAGAGGCGAAACGGCCAUCACACUCCAGAAAACUUAGCUGCCGGGUAGAUUUACGAAAAAGCAGAUCGUCAAUAAGAAUCAUAAAAUCUGAAGUUUAAAAACAAACGAUUCAUUUCCAGACUCAGUUCGGUCGUCACUUUCAUGACGUGUUUGAGCUUUUUAAGUUUUAGUGUUCGGCUCUUUGUUGCCACAUAUGAAAGGUUCGUAAGGGACUGUGUGUUAUUUAUGAGAGGGGAGGGGGUGGUGCAAAAAGGGGGAGGCAUGUCAGAUCAUUUUUUGAAUCAUGCGAGGGACUUUUUAUUUUAGCUUUAGAGAACGGGCAUAAAACUUUAAAAGGCUGGAUUUUGUAUAUAUUUAACAGCCAAUUUUUAAUUGCGGAAGUUUUUUUGUUUUUUUUUAAAGAAAACAUUCAGGUUUGGAAGAAAUAUUCCUUUAAAAACUGCAGAUUGCCAAUAUUUUCUGUAGAGAUUGCUGCUAUUUAAAGAAAACCUGGAUUUGG